UAAACGAAUCUCCCACUAUAACUACAUGAGAUCUAAAGGUUAAAAUGGUAAAUAUGAUAAAAUAUCCUUCCGUAAAAUCCUUGUAUAUUGACGCUCCUUCCUAUCUCACAACCUUCGUUUCCAUCUCUCUGAUGACCCCUUCCUAAGAUAGGAUCAUUUUCCCUAUAAAGACUUUUGUUUCGGGGAACCUUUUCUCCUCCCUCUCUCUCUCUCUCUCUCUCUCUCUCUCUCUCUCUCUCUCAACCACUCGCCUCGGUUGUGCACGCGAACUCGUCUCUCUGUCGCAAUGGCUACGGAAGGCGAGGGGGAGAAGAGGUACAUCACCGUGGAAGAGCUCCGCAAGCACAAUGCCGCCACCGAUCUCUGGAUCUCCAUCCAGGGUGGGGUCUACGACGUCACCGACUGGAUCAAGGACCACCCCGGCGGCGACCUCCCCCUCCUCAGCCUCGCCGGCCAGGACGCUACCGAUGCGUUCGUCGCCUACCACCCCGCCUCCGCCUGGGCCCACCUUGGCCGCUUCUUCGUCGGUUACCUCGACGGCUACUGCGUUACCGACGUCUCCCGCGACUACCGCCGCCUCGUCGCCGAGUUCUCCAAGUCCGGCCUAUUCGAUGAGAAGGGCCGCGUCGCCCUCUUCACCAUCUGCUUUAUGCUCUUCCUCCUCGUGACCGCCGUCUCCGGCGUGCUUCUCUCGGAGAGCGCCCUCGUCCACGCCCUCUGCGGCGGCAUGACGGGCUUCCUCUGGAUCCAGUCCGGCUGGAUCGGGCACGACUCCGGACACUACCGGAUCGUCCGGAAUCCACGCCUCAACCGGGUCGCCCAGAUAAUCUCAGGAAAUUGCCUCACGGGCCUCAGCAUUGGGUGGUGGAAGAGGAACCACAACGCCCACCACAUCGCCUGCAACAGCCUCGAUUUCGACCCCGACCUACAGCACAUGCCCCUCUUCGCGGUGUCGUCCAAGUUCUUCGCCUCGAUGACAUCGUACUUCUACGAGAGGAAGAUGAACUUCGACGCCGUCGCGAGGUUCCUGAUCAGCUACCAGCACUGGACGUUCUACCCGGUGAUGUGCUUCGCCAGGAUCAAUCUGCUCGCGCAAUCCAUACUGCUGCUGCUUUCGAAGAAGAAUGUGCCCAAUAGAUGGCAGGAGAUCACCGGGGUUGCCGUCUUCUGGAUCUGGUACCCUCUGCUCGUCUCGUGUUUGCCGAAUUGGGGAGAGCGGAUCACGUUCGUCGUCGCUAGCUUGGCGGUCACCGGGAUUCAGCACGUUCAAUUCUGCUUGAACCACUUUUCUUCCAGCGUCUACGUCGGGCCGCCGCAGGGAAAUGACUGGUUUGAGAAGCAGACGAUGGGGACGCUGGACGUCUCUUGCUCGCCAUGGAUGGAUUGGUUCCAUGGGGGUUUGCAGUUCCAGGUGGAGCACCAUCUGUUUCCUCGACUGCCGAGGUGCCAUCUCAGGAAGGUCUCACCUUUUGUGAGGGAGCUCUGCAAGAAGCAUAAGCUGCCAUACAAUAUUGCCUCGUUCUGGGAGGCCAAUGCCAUGACUGUUCGGACGCUUAGAGCUGCUGCAUUGCAAGCUCAGGACUUGGCAAACCCAGUUCCAAAGAACUUGGUCUGGGAAGCUGUUAACACCCAUGGGUGAGAGUUUUUAGAGCAUGCACAUCCAUCUUCUCUGAUUCAAGUGAGAGUUUGAAGGACUCGGUGGUGGUGGUUGAGAUCUAAAUCUUCCUAUAGCCUAUGCAUGUUAAGUUUUGCUGCAUUCCUUCCUUCAAUUAAGUUAUUAUAGAAACUUUGUUGUAGCAGGGAGUUUUGGUUAUGAUGGGUGUCCAGUAUCAUGUUAACCUUGCAAGAAAUAACUUAGUUCUUCAAGGGGACUGGAUUUCAUUAUGGUUUGUCAUAUGCCUUCCUAGUUGAUGUUUUCCACUAUUGUUUGAUUAUGGCAUUGCAAAAUCUCUGGCUUUA